CCUCCGUGCGCUGCUCACUGCUGCCUCGCCGCUCUUUGCCCCCGCGAUGUUUAACGGGUUGGGGAAUAAUGUGGCGGUGUCAGUUUUGGCGGCUGUGGCGACGGUGUUAUAUGCUGUCCCGCCGUUGUUAAAGCGGUAUAGGGCUGAACUUAGGGCUAGGAGUAAGUUUGCUCAUCAUAGUUUGGAUUCGUAUCAGUUGACUACCGUUGAUGAGGAUGGGUAUUGAUUUCCUUUUGGUGGAUAAACCAUUUCAGAACGGACUAGCUUUACGGGUAUGGUUUAUAUUGUUUUAAAACUAUUGAUUCAGUAUUUAAUGAUUCUAUACACGCGCAUGUUCAUAUUCUUGAACCCGGCGUAUAUGAAACUUGGACCAGAAAGGACUAAAAAGGGUACAGAUGGAUACUCUCGCUUCUUCCUAAGAUAAUGUAUUUAAUUUACACGUAAAGACUCUAUAAUCAAUAGAACUCGCGUUAUCAAAGCA